AUGGUCGAAAGGAAUGUUCGACCAACCCCGCAAAAGUAUGUAAAUAUUGUACGGAAACACAGUGAGUUGCGAUCAUUGCUUGAGAACUUUGGCCAGAAAGCAGAGCAGCAUCCAUCACCAGCUGCAGGAGACUUAGGGAGCAGUGAAGCUGAACCAGAGACGGAUGCAGAUGCAUCAUCUAUGUGCAGCUCACCACAAGCACAGCAGCUGUAUCACGGUGGCGGGCUCUCAUGUGAACAUCACGGCCAACACCAGCGAUAUGAAGAGUGCCGCAUACACAGCGCAUUGGAUGUUGCGCGUCUCCUCUUUCGUUUCUAUGAAAUGCAGCACGGCCAUGCACGUGCAAGCAGGCUACUACUGGACUCCCUAUCGGGCACUUCCUGGUCUGCUCAACUCUCUCCUCCGACCAUGCAAGAUCUGGACGUCCUGGCCGCGAUCAAGGAUGUUGCGCCAGAGCUCUAUGAUUACGUAGAGCGGGCGGCUGAAGAGGUAAAAGAUUUCUACCGGAUUGAGACGCCCAGACAGCAAGCGCCGUUGAGUCUAAUCAUAGACUCACCUAUCCGCCAGCCAAGGGGAGCUCGUCAGGACAGCGGCGAAGAUCUUGAAAGCCGAGGCCAUCCGUGCGAUGGAUCUCUGUACUGGAAAGAGGGUCCCGAUGAGCUGCGCCGCCUGCGCUGUGCUGGGAACAACUGCUCUGGUGAUGCGGGUUGCCGGGGCUUUUGCCAAACUGGAAAAAGAGUAGCCCAGGCUAGACUAGCGGUGAAGCAGACUGCAGGUGCAGCGCCUCUACAUAGACAUCUCAAGCAGACUGCAGGUGCAGCGCCUCUAGAUACACAUCUCAAGCAAACUAGAGUUGAGAACAACUCCAAGCAACUUAGGGUUCAACCUAACUCAAAGUCGGUCGCUCAGAAGAGUAUCUCCGCAGCAGUACUACACGGUGGCAGCAGGUGGCAAGAUGCGGUACAGGAGUUACUACACGCAGUAGUUGUUGAUGGACGAAAAGUGCCACCACCAAGAGGCCUGCCCAAGCUCAAUCCCGAGCGAAGAAUCCUGUCGGAUGCAGUGCAGAUGAGUCUGUUCGAGAAGGCAUUCCAUGCUGUGCAGUCUGCCCUGCCGAUGCCUAAUGUUAGAGUUACUGACAAUCAAGAUGAGCGUUCACCUCUGGAGAUUGCUGCUGAGCGUCGCUUAAAGACGCACCAGCACGUGGGCCAAGUACAAUGGGCCAGGACUCGUGACUCAGCCUGGCUACAGUACUUACAGAAGGCCACGCAGGACACAGUAUACUGCCUGUACGCACACCUCCUGGAUACAGCGGUGCAGGAGGAAAACGACAAGAAAACCGCACCGCCUGUCAAGUACAUCAUCACACACCAGUUUGAAGGAAUGACAAGACAGGUGCUGGGCAAGAAAAAACCAGAAAAACAUGGUGUGGGUAAGAUCGUACUGGAACAUGGUGGAGUUUACUAUGGAGAAUUUGCCAACGACUUGCCACACGGCCUGGGAACGGUUGUGACUGGCGAUCGCCAGUGGAUGUAUCAAGGACAGAUGACUCGCGGCCACAUGGAGGGCAAGGGACACCUUGUCACGAUGAAUUGCGACCGGGUCAUCGCCACGGUCACGGGACGCUUUGCCCGCGGAGUCCCGCACGGCCGCUGCCUGGAAAGGGAUUACCAGGGCAACGUGUACUAUGGUCCGUAUCACAAAGGACAGCGACAAGGUCUGGGUACGCUGCACUACACCAACGGCUACGUGUACCACGGCGAGUUUGUGAACAACGUGGAGCAUGGCUCGUGUGAGCUGCUUUGCCCCAACGGGGACAUAUUCAGAGGCCAGACCAACCAGAACACUAUCACCACUGGAGAGCUAGUCAUGGCACAAGGCACUAUGCGCUACCAAGGAUCCUUCAACAAGCAAGGGGAAUUACAUGGAAAGGGAAGACUGUCGGUGAGAUCUGGCAUCACGUACACUGGUGUGUUUGACCGCGGCAAUGUGCAAGAUCUGCCGACGAGGCUUCGCCUGCAACCAGAGCGAUACGUGACAAUAAGGCAAGGAGAGCCAUUGCAGCUACGUGUGGAGUGUGUGAACGAUGCUGGCACAAUCAUCAAAGGAGAGAGCCGACGGCGUAUUAUGAUCACAGUACUGAAGCGACUGCCAGUGGGAUUGCAGAACCUGGCUGUCUCUAGUGCUAGUAGCCAUCAGCCAGCAUCUAUCACUAACCGUGCCAUUGUCUCUGUCAACAACAAGAAUAGACAUGAUGAUCAGGUUAAUCGCUCGCUUGAAAAGGGCAUUGCUCUGGAGAGACAGGCCUUGCACUUGAUGGAGCAAAGUGCCAGCAAGCCGUGGACCGUGCACUAUGAUCAUGAGCUGUACCAGGAGGACCAUGGACUGUACGGAUCAGACAGAAGCUGGGAUCGGCAGCAAGGAGCUUGCCUCUACACACCAUUUGGCUUCUGGGCAGUGCCAUAUCCAGUGAUCAAGUAUCGACCCUUGCCGAUCAAGACUAAGAGCUUCACGGAUGAUCAACUCCACGGGGUCAUGCGAAAUAGACUGCAAGAAUCCAAAUAUCUGAUGAGAGUUGCCUACCCCGGCGCCAUGGUCAGCUUUGAACGUGGCAGCAUCACCAAUCAAGAAGCCUGGCACUCGAAAUUUUUCAAUAGUUCAAAGUGGCAAGCGCACGAUCCGCAUCGCAUGGGUCUUGACAAAACCUCGCAUCUGAAUGUUGGGAUCAAACCUGCAGAUGUGCCUACUGCUGCUGCCUGGCUUAAGAAUGUACUCAAUGCAUCUGAUGGACAGGUGGACAGUGAACCGGACAGUUUGGACUUCCUUCAGGAGCCAUGCCAUGUGAGAAGAAAGCAAGAUUCCCAGAGUUCUCCUCCUCCUGCUGCUGCUGAUGCUGUCGGAACAGAGAGAAUGCGUAAGAGGCGGAUCGGAGCAAUGGGAUUGUUACUUGCUGCGUCGGACUGUUCAACCAAAGAGGAUGAAAGCACUUGCAAGUCAUUCCCACUCCAGCAAGAACACAACAAGUACUUCUUGAAGGAAUUGAAGCAACAUCAAAGAGAAGUACGGAGUGGUGAAAUACCAGGCGAAGAAUCGCCCAUAUCACAGAUGCAACUGAUAGCGCUGUUGCUAGCCGAGGCUGAUUGUGUGUCUCAAACACCGAUUUAUCCAGCCAAGACGACCGUGAAUGGUGUGUGCACAUUCGACAACAUUUUCCUUCCAUCACCCCACCGUGGCCAAUUCAAGGUAGCAGCCUGCAGUGGCCCAUCUCACGUGUCCAGCUCUGUGCCCUCACGACAACGGGGAAGCAACUUCAAUCACGGUAAAUCUGGUCCAGAACAACAACGUGUAUCUGAGCCCAGAAUUGGCUUGCUGUCGCACGAGGCAGACAUUCUCGUUGACUGCGCGGUGUCAGUUCCGCAUCGAAUGGCCGGUUUCACAAAGCGUCACUGUGCAGAGACCGGCAAAACCAGCCGGCAAGGGGCCAGUGGCACCGGGAGUGGUGUAACCGAUGAUAACGGUGUGUUUGAGCGUACCUACUGCACUCAACAGCUGCGCGACAAUCCAGCAUCUCGAAACAUCGCUGACAGUACGGGCAAAGCGCCAGGCGAUGACAGCAGACGCAGUGAGUUUAGGUCCUUGUCCUGCCAACCAGCAAGUGUAUCGUCAAAUGCAAACCCGAAAAGAGGAACAUCAUUAUGUGUGUCUCUGGCGUCACCAUCGUCCGCAGCGGCAUCCGCUGAUCCGUUGCUAACUCGUAGUGACUACGCUGUCAGCUUCUUCCCGCCGCUGUGCGAAAGAGAUCUUGCUGGGACACGGCACAUGCCGGUGCCGGGCACCGUCCACCAUGCCCGCAAGAUACCGCUGUUGCCUGGUGAAACCAGCGACAUGCGUAGCGUAACGGCCAUGAUGCGCCGCAUCUUGGUUGAUGUCGGCGGCGGCGACUUACCUGUGCUGAACGCUCCUGAGUACCUAUCUCCAGAGCAGGUCGACGAAAAGCUCCGUAAUCUCCGCAUGACACAUGCCAUCUUUGACCAGAGAUCCGACGACUUUGGAAUGUACGCAUCCAUGGUGAAGGGAGUGAUAGAUAACGCCAGUAAGCUGGUGUCAGCAGCACAACCAACAAAAGUCCAGGAGCAUCAAUCCCUGCCUGGCGCAUUUGACCCGGGACCAGCGUACCUGCCCGGCAACUUUGCUAACGGCUUAGUCAAUGCCUCUGAUGGCCUGAACAAUCCGAGACCUCAUCUAGCUGUGGACACAGCAGCCCUGCCAACAAAGCAAGGCAAUGUCCAGCUGCGUCACUUACCUGCAAUGAGCAAUAACAGUGCAGGCAUUGGUCAAGCAACAGCAGCAAACAGUGAUCUCACCUUACAGUCACGUAUUGCUACUGUAGAUUCUCGCACAGCUCGAGGAGCAACAACGAGAACCAACAUACCAGCAGAAAAUGCUUCUCGUACCAAGAGUGGGAAGGCAAAGAAGACAGUCAAGUUCACCAACAACCCUGUCAGUACAAUACAUGGCAGUGUAGCUUCUAAGGCACCCCAGGGGAGCUUGGAUGACCGCAACAAGGGGGCAUCAAGCCAAGAGACGGCAGCUAAAGACCAAGCAAAACUCCAGAAGAAAGGUUUGAAAGAGAAGUCCAGCCAUGAUGGAAUGCAUCUCGCCGACUCCAGGCGCAGGUCCUCGGGCAAACGUGGUGAUGCGAAUCCGGUUCCUUUGGCGUCAGAUUCCAUCAGGCCUGAAGGCACGCCUAACGAUACCGUGAGCACAGCCAGUCAUACGUACAGCCACAUGUCAUCAGUCCAGGCUAAACUAGAGGAGAAAUGGGACAUGGAAGAGCAGUAUCGGGUUGAGUACCCGGCUUUCUACACAGGACCCAGACUACUGCAGUCCGAAAAGGCGCUGCCGGCGAAGAUCCGAAGUGACAUCAAAGACCAGGAGCACAGGAUGAAAGAACAGGUUGCCACCAUAGCGGAACACAUGCAGAAUGCACAGGCAGCCAUUGAUCAUCAGCGAAAUGCCUUCCACAGGUCCGCCAUUGUGAUGCGCUACACUCACUUCAACUCCGGUGAGCCACCUUCAGCAACACUGGUUGAGAAGGCAAUGGAUAGAAUCAGCAAGGUCAGCUCACAAAAACGAAUAUCUGGUAGAAACCUUGUGAACAAAGCUUCUUCUGUGAAUCCCGAACCAUUGCCAACAUCCAAUGGGCCACCUGGAGUGGCUCCUCUGCGUCCUUCUCUGAAACCAGAACAAAAAAGGAGGUCAGAAAAACCCGGCACGAAGAGGCUGAAUGUAGAAGCAGCAUGCAUGGUACAAAAGAUGAAAGCAAGCUCCGGAACUGUACUAGAGGAACCUAGAUUCACUGGCAAAACCGCUCAUAUCCCGUUGAAUGCCGAGCCUAAGAUGUGGGACUGGUCAUUGCAGCUGAGGGGAAAUUUUGGUGGCAAGAAACCGGGACAUGUCAGCACAACUGAUGGCGGGGAAGUAGGCAGUUCUAGCGAGCUGCCAAUGCCUCGAUCAAACACGCAUGGAAUAAAGGAAGCGAACAGCUCAGAAGACCUCACUCUCAACCCAGAUUCGACCGGGAGUGUUACUUCUCAACAGAUAUCGCCGGGAAAUUUAAAGCAAUGCACAGGUCUCCGUGGUCUACGCAAGGCGUCCGCCCAAUCCGACAAGGAUAUUAGACAAUCCACAGCAGAGGAAGCAGCCGCUGUGAAACCUGGCUCGAAGCUGUGCUACCCGUGUCCACCGCCACCGCGUCCUGUGAGACAUGAUGAACACAGUGCUAAGAACACUGAAAGCCAAUCUGGGCUGAAUGACGCCACACAUGAUGCUGAGCAUGACGGUGCACCGCUGGCUGGUGCAGGUGGUGCGGAGAGAGAAGUCGGUGCAGCAUCGCACGCUGGCUGUAUAGAGCAGGCUGAGCUGCUCGGCUGUGAACCAGGUCAAUAUGUCAUAUUUGUACACGACAUCACGCCAGAGGAUUUGCUAGCGUUCAGCUCCCGGCUGGCGCCCGAGUGCUUGCUUGUCACAGUAACUGGCAACAACUAGCCGUAGCUUCAGGACUGCAUAUACGGGUCCUGUCGGAUGAGCUUGCUGAGUCUGCGUUGGCCGUUCCAGUUCUGGAUAACACGAUCAUGGCUGCGUAGCGGUGUUCAGUGCACUCGUUUCCAAAGCUGACUACAAGUAAGUCCGAAACAGGGCUUGCAACGAUGUUCAGUUGAACCAAUUGCCAAUAGUAGAUGAUGCAUUGCCGGUCUGCCAGCACUUUAUCUUGCAGCCGUGUCUGGGCCAGUGCUUGCAACAUCACUAAGUCUUAGUACUCAAAGUACUCCUACGUUUCCAGUAGCAGCAUUCCUUUGUUCUUUCGGCUUUCACCCAACUGUUCCCGCGGCUGUCUGCUCUGGGAGCCACGCUGAUUGGCAUCACACCCAUGCCAUGCACGAGCAAUACAAUGUACGAGUCGCCGUACAUGUAUCCGUGAGGAUCAAUGUGCCUUUGUACAUCCACCAGUGCAGUGUGGCGUGUACUGGAGAAUAUUGUCACGUGCUUCUCAUGUGGUCACUGACACGCCGAACACUGAGUGUGACACACAGUCUUGUUGUAGACAUACUCCAAUGGUUGCCAACUCUCUUCUGGAGACUGCCCCGCACCUAUCUCCGCCCUAGUCAUGAUCAAUAUCUGUUUCAACCGUGAGUUGGUCUUGCUGGAACUGUUACUUCUAUGUCUGGCUCAAUUGCCAAGCACUCAAAUUCAAGCUCUUCCCAUUGGUCCUAAUGGUGUGGCAUUGUCAUGGAGAUGAUGUUGAUAUUUAUUUUGUUGGCAACAACUUGUAUCAGUUUAGAGGAUAAUGUAAAUCUUCUUACUUAGUUUUCUAAGAUUUGGUGCUAAAUUCUGUAUGUACAAGUAAUAUUUUCAAAUUUACUGUGUGUAAUCACUAAUCAACCAUUUUAAAGAACGUUGGCUCACGGGAAUAUUUGAGACUCGGAUCGGAUUAUCAUGUUAGUUCCUCAGGGCCCGGCAUGCCCGCCUCUGGCCACAGCCCCCGGGCCAUGGUCUUUCUAGCUGCUAGGGUGGGAUUCAGAUCUUUCUGAGUCCCUAUAGCUUCAAUAUCAUAUUUUAGUAGUAUCUGAUCGGAUCGCCCGGUAUGUGCGCAUGAAACUCAGAGCCAUAACACUUUUUCCUCCUCUUCUUGUUCAAUAUCACCAAAACUUGGAACACUCUAAUAGAUAUCCUUUGGAAAUGCCCGGCUGUAGUAGGCCCUUUACACGGUA